CGGAUCGAUGCAGGCAGUUCUUCGUCAAUGUAACGCCCUAUCCGCGCACCGAUCACCGAGCGUCUCUGCUGACACGACGCCUACCCCAUACCGGGAGCCGACGCACUCGGAGGGACGCCUUUCCUCAACCCUAUCCAGUUCUCCCCGAUGACGACUCCUCUGCCCCUCUCCUUCGCUAGAAUGAUCGCUCCACUUUGCUAAUACCAAACAGCAUCGUCCGGGUCCUGCGCCCGAUGCCAAAAGCAUCCGGCCGCUUGUGCCCGGCGCCCGUCGGUAUCAGCGCAGACGACGUCCUAGCCGCGAAUAGGAGGCACCAAUUGCUGUGCCGUAACAAAACGCGCUCAAUUUUACGUCUGUGAAACGCUACCCGUCCAUCGGUCCCAAGCGGUCCUAGUCAUAUAUAUGCUACUUCUUAUCAGCGCUGUCCCCCUUACACGAACGCGACUCACGCUGAAGAUGGGGAAUUGGUGGCAAAUCAUCAAUAUUGACAAGCGGGAGUCGAGCCAGCAUCUAUGGGGACAACUGGGCUCGUGGUUCUUCUACCCGCACGAACACUUGCUCAGCCACAUCUCAAUCCCAUGCCUACCUCCCGAUGUAGACGAGUGGCUUACAGAAGGCGCUACGGCCCUCCAAAGCGGCCCACUUGCACACAUGCCCGUCGAAAUCCUCGACCUCUUCUUCGACGAACGGCGAGGCCUCCACGAGGUGAUAUACCUCGCCAUCACCUGCAAGCAUCUCUUAAACGUCGGCAAGCGCCACGUCCUCCGGGCGAGCCGCGAGUAUUACGCGCCCUGGGUCGGGUGUCGCCUCAUCAGUCUCGACGACAGCACGCGCAGCCUCGACGAUCUUCCCCCUAACAUGCUCACUCAGGGGGAGGUCAAGGAGAUCGAGGAGACAAGCCUCUCAGACUGCGAAUUUGAGGAGGUCGAGAGAAGCCUGAGCAAUUUCUCCGCGAGGUAUUGCGCGCGAGUCUUCCAUAGGGAAUGGAAGCAGCCCCGGAUCAACGACGCACACAACUUCGUGCAACGCCUCUACGGUUGGCGCACCCCUCCGUCCCCGGCCGAAGGCAACGAGGAGGUCAGCGAGGAUAGCGCCGUCGAACGCGACGUUAACAUGUUCAAAACACUGUACGGCGACGGCAGACACCCGUCCUACCCCGCGGGCGUUCGCGUACUUUGCAACCUCUCGAAAGGGGAGUACGUCCGCGCGGACGGCCUCACGGUCCCAACGUACGCGAACCUCGCGCAUGCUUUGCUCGCGAGGAUCUGCUGGACGAGCCAUCAAGACGUCGGUAUGGUCUGCGCGGACGACUACAGACCACAGUUAACGGGCGGAGCUUGGGCAGGCGAUCGGUUCUGCGUCACGAGUCUCAACUCGCUUGCUGAGUUGGAGAUAGAGGCAGGCGCGACGGAAUGGAAGGAUAUGACGAGCGAAGUGAGCGAUCUGCUGACGCAUAUAUGGGAGAACAACAGUCUGAGAUGGGUCGUGUUUUGUAAGUAGUACGUUUCUCGGAUCGUUACAUUUCUACUGCUUCCC